AAUGCGAUUUCUAUAGAAUUUUGGACGAAUGUUUUCAUAGGAAAAUCAUUUUUUAUGUUUUACAACCACUCGCCGAUCAACAGUACCGCCAGUUGAUCGCAACCGAACGUAGUCCACAUCGAAGUCCGGUUGAAAAGGGUUCAACCGCCGGAUCGACCUCGGUUGCCGUAACCGCAAAACAGGCCAGCUUCUCGCUAAAAACGUACCUUCAUCCCAGGGUUUAUCGACCACUUUCGGUGCUUCUGCUGCUGUUUCUGUUCCAACAACUUUCGGGAGCUUACGUGCUCAUCUUCUAUGCCUUGAACGUGUUCAUGGAAAUCGGAGGCUCACGAGCGCAGAGCUUCAACGAGUACAACGCACUGGUGUUCUUAGGGUUGAUACGGUUCGUCAUGUCGAUCCUGACGUCUGGAUUUUCCCGGAAGUACGGCCGUCGACCGUUGCUUUUGAUCUCAGCCUGCCUAAUGGGUUCAUUUUCCGUGGUAGCAGCAUUGUACCUGGACUUCGUUCGGAAGGCAGGUCGUGAAAGUUACCCCACCUACGGUAGUUACUUUCUUCUUGCCUGUGUGCUAGGCUACGUUUGCUUCAGCGCCUUGGGAUACCUCGUGCUCCCGUGGACCAUGAUCGGGGAGGUUCUUCCCACCGACGUUAAGGGUAAACUGGGAGGUUUCGUCGUAUCCGUAGCCUACGUGCUGAUGUUUGCGGUGGUCAAAGUUUUUCCCUACCUUCUGGAGCUGGUAUCCAUCGAGGGUAUUUUCUACGUGUACGGCAUCACUAGCUUUGCCGGAAUGAUCUACAUCUACGGCUGGGUUCCGGAGACCUUCGGCAAAAGUUUCCAGGAAAUAGAGCAGCAUUUUGCCAAAGAUGAUUGACAAGGGGCUUAGACUAUCAUUAUGAACUAGGAAUCUUUGAAGACUACACUGGAUCAAGUGUUGCCACUAUUACAAUGGUUAAUUGUAAUAAACUAACAAAUAAGAGUAUUAGAGUAAGGUACUUAACUGUUUCCCUUUGGGGAAUAUCCCUUUUCAAUAAGACAAAAGAUACGAUUGUCCAUUGAUUCGACCUAAAGUUACCAUAAGCUUAGUGAAAGUAAUGUUCAAAUACGUGAUGUCUUCCAAAUCGCAAACAUAUACAAUAAAUCGAAGCAUUAGUAUGUAAUUAACCAUACCAAAUCAUGAAAACGUAAGAUUACCUUUAGGAUAAUUGAUUACUUUUACUUAUAAACUUUGUGAGGGAGGCUUAUCAUCAUAUCACAUUUUUGUUGUUAGCCUCACCAAUUUUUAGCAACUGGCAACUUCAGAGGGUGCGUUUAUGGAUAUCAGAUGGAACAAUUUUUCCAGGUUUCGUCUUCGAAUGACGAAGAUGUGUGGAUCCCACGUUUGUACGAGGCUUUGGUUUUAUACAUGAUAUAGUGAAAAUAUACAG